AUGAGUGGAAUGAUUGUCCGUGCUCUUAACUGGGACAUCGGCUAUGAGCAACGGUUCUUAGCUGUGAAUCCGUUGGGUGAUGAGGUGAUUCUAUAUCAAACCGAAAAUGAGGACCCAGCCGAGAAUUCGGAGAAUCUACUCAAAGUGCAUUCCCAUUCGGGCAUUGAACACAUCCAAUGUCUUGGUUACUCAAAGAUCCAUCCCGGUUGGACAGGUGUGGGUACAAUGGACGGAAUUGUACACAUCUUUGAUGUAACCAAGAACGAUACGUCCACAUUGAAACUUCGGCUGAAGCAACAUAGACCAUGCAAUUCGUUAUCCUUCAACAACAACGCGCUUGUGGCAGCCUCUUUUGACAAAAGUCGACAAGACAACUCCCUUCAAGUCUGGGACAUUGCAAAGCAUUCCCAAGUAUUUGCCAAUUCAGUUGAUGACGAUCAAGUCAUUAGACCCCACUACUCCUACUUGGCCAACGAGGCGACCUUAUCUACUGUCUUUGUCGGUAAUGAAGGCUCUGGAACGAACCUUAUGGCAGGUGGUUAUAAGCUUCUUCGAGAAUUUGAUUUGAGAGACUCCAGCAUGUCCCCGGUAUAUCAGGUUGCCACGAAGCUGACAAUGGACAUCACCUUAGAUCCAUUUCAACCGCACAUGUUCUCAUCCUUGAGUGAGGAUGGCUCUGUUUCUAUCUGGGAUAGAAGAAAGCUUGUUGGCAAAUCAAGAGGAUCUGUGUCAUCCGAAACCCCGGUGCUUCAGUUCACAAAGCUCUUGAGUGAUCUGCUGCGAAGAAAUAGCUCUCCAUGCUUCCGCUACUCCACCAUAAGACGAGGCGAGUUUGCCUCUGUAUUCAAUGGGAACUUGAUUCGAAGAUGGAAUACCGGUGUCGUUCCGCCGAUGAAAGAUUCCCCAAAUGUGACAACAUUCACUUCCAACGACACACUAUCAUCCUUGAAAUCUCAAUCUGUUCAAUUAUACGAUCCAAAUGACGAGUCGCUAUUUGUGGCACUUGUGCUUGAUUCAAAAACCGACUCGCCCAGGGUCAUUUCUUUCGACUACUCACCUGACAUUGAGUCGUCUACAUCGACUUAUUUCGUUUGCAUGAGAGAGAAGGGCUCCGUCUUUAGGAUGCCAGUAGUGGAGAGUAUUGAGUCACUCGACUUCAACUCGUACAAUGAGUUCUCAAUGGCCGGCCCAGAGGGAACUGCAACGAAGUUCUGGGAAGAUCGAGAACAAGUCAUGCCAGCAGGUGUUGCCGCGACCGAGGUCCAAAGGAAAGACUCAAAGUUUGAUCUGAAGAACGAUUCGUUGGCAGAGGUGACAUCAACAAUUGGCGAUGAAGAGAGCACAGAACCUGCAACCACAACUACCACACCUGCUCCAAGCUCCCUGCCUCUAGACAUUGUGAAGUUCGAGGAAGAUGAGAUCAUACCUUUGAAAAAAAUGCUUGAUCUUUCCAGCGUACUUGCAAACGAUGUCUGUGGCUUGAUAAGACAACGAGCACUCCUAGGCUACGGCGUGGACACAGAACAGAACCCUAAAAUUUUGGAGCAGGUAAGAGGAGUACAAACGCCUCUUCUGAUAAUGAACACGUGGAAAUGGUUGAACUUGGCCAAAAAGUCUCUUGACAAAGGCACAAUGGUCAGCGAGGGCGUUGACUUGGGCUACAUCGGCGUUUUGGGAGUUUGGAAAGGAAUCGAAGAAAUUGAGGGACAGAGGCGAGCUACUUUGAAGCAAAGUGUGACGGACCAACAAUUUAACAACGCAGUGAAGUCAAUCGUCUCAAAGAAGGGCGAGAAGUCGUCAGGAAUCAGUAUAUUCAGCACGAGUGAUCGCAAGAUUCAACGAAAGCUUUGUUUAAUUGUCAGUGGGUGGUACCUCACUGAAAAUGAGUUCGAUGAGAAGCUUGACCUACUUAUAAAAUCUGGGGAAGUCGAGAAAGCAGCUGGCUGGGCAGUGUUCCAUGGAAAUGUAGCCAGAGCAGUCGAAAUUUUGGCUCUGUCCAAGAAGGAGCGUCUCCAGUUAAUGUCAACAGCGGUUGCAGGCUACUUGGCUUAUAAAGACUCAAACACUAAUCUGCCUUGGAAUGACCAGUGCAGAAAGCUAGCUCUGGAGCUUGAUCACCCUUACCUCAGAGCCAUCUUUGCAUUCAUCGCAGAUAACGAUUGGUGGGAUGUUCUAGACGAGCAUGCUUUGCCUUUACGAGAGAGAAUCGGUAUUGCUUUGAGAUUCUUGUCUGACAAGGACUUGAAUCUAUAUUUGAACAGGGUUGCCGACACAGUGACACUCAGAGGUGAACUUGAAGGCUUGAUUCUCACGGGUCUCACGCCAAGAGGUAUAGACCUUUUGCAGUCUUUUGUGGACCGUACCUCUGAUGUCCAAACUGCCUCGUUGAUUGCACAAUUUGCUGUUCCUCGGUACUUCAGAGACCACCGAGUGGAUCACUGGAUUGAUAGUUACAGAAACCUACUCAACUCCUGGGGUCAAUUCAAACUCCGUGCCCUCUUUGACGUUGCAAGAACCAAGCUUGAACCGAAGGAAAAGAUCAUUUCUGACAUCAGGGGGAAGAUCGAACGUGAGCAAAAGCUCAUCCUGGGCUUCCAGGCCGUGAAAAGGAACACGGGCAAUUCUGAAGUCAUCCAGAGAUGUAAUAAUCAAAUCAGAGAAACACAGUCAAACAUCGAUUACCUUCAGGAAACCAUGGAGAAGCUCCUGAUGCAACAGCAGGAAACACAACAAACCUCGGAAGAACCCGAGGAACAGAACAGGCAACGUGUUUCCAGCUUCCAGCGCCCGCUCUACUCCAGGUUUGAUUUGAUCAAGUACGACUGCCCAUCCUUGGGGCACAAGAUCCAACACAUGCUCCAGCAACUCCAGUUCAAAUUGCAAGUGGAGAACCAGUACCGUGAGGCUAAUGAAAAGAUUUCUCACUUGUACUUGAUGGAUGGCGACAAGCUGUCCUCAAGUGCAGCUGAAGGCGGGAAGUUGGAGUCAGAUCAACGCAUCCAGUUGUUGAACAAGGCAUUGAAAAAAUACCAGGGAAUGCAUGUCAGCGUGGAGCUGGUCAACAGGGAUAUGGAAAUAAUGAACUUGCCAAAAUAUGCAAGAAAACCAUUCUCGGGUCGUUUGACGAUGAGCAUUACUUGUAUCAGGGACAUCGACCACAUCGCGUCACCCAAACUCAAAAAGAAGCCUGAAUCGUUCGUUUGCAUCAAGAUUGAUGAUGUCGAGAAAGCACGCUCUAAUGCUUCCCGUUCUGGCAAAUUCAACGAAGAUUUGAUCGUCGAUGUUGACAAGUCCAAUGAGAUGGAAAUCGCAGUGUAUGACAGGAAUGGCUCGCACAACGUCCCUGUCGCCCUCGCAUGGAUUCUCCUUUCAGAUAUCUCAGAGGAAAUCCGUAAGAAGAAGGUUGCUGCUGAAUCAGGCAACGACGGAUGGAUUCCCGCAUCUAGUCUACCAACAAAUAAUAAUGGCCCCUUCAGACCAAAUGUUGGUGGAACUGAUCUGUUUGGUUCAUCGAACUAUCUCGGCAAUAACGGCCUGAACUCUAACUUUGACGGCGACACUAUCGUCGAAAGUGCAAGGCCAUCACUGGAGACUUCUAGGAAUGUGCUGAUUUCUGCCUGGGUUAAUCUUGAGCCUGUGGGACAGAUUCUUGUGAGUUUGUCGUUUGAAAAGUCUAAGGGUGGCUCCAAGCCUAACUUCAUGGGUGCUUUGGGUCGUCACGGUGCCAUUCGUCAAAAGAAGGAAGAAGUCUUUGAGCAAUAUGGCCAUCAGUUUGUUCAAAAACAAUUCUACAAUAUUAUGUGCUGCGCUCUUUGUGGAGAGUUUUUACGUUACACUGGCUACCAGUGUCAAGACUGCCGCUUCUUAUGUCACAAGAAAUGUUACCAGAAGGUGGUCACAAAAUGUAUUUCUAAGAGUGGCGACAUGAAUGACGACGAGGAGAAAUUGAAUCACCUUUCAAACCGUGGUACUAAAUGGUGUUGUCACUGUGGCCACAUCUUGCCUUGGGGUAAGAAGAACGUCCGUAAAUGUUCUGAGUGUGGAGUCAUGUCCCACGCUCACUGUACCCAUUUGGUUCCAGACUUCUGUGGUAUGUCUAUGGAGAUGGCAAACCAGAUAUUGACAACCAUUAAAUCCACAAAGCCAUCCUCGAAAAGUCCUGCCAAGGUUGCCCAAGCAGUUCAGAAACAGAUUGAAGAAGCACCACCACAGCUUCCACCAAAAGCAUUCUCGGGGUCUCCUCAGAAAUCUGCCGUCGAUGACCUGCCAGUCCUCGCAGGCAGGCUAUCAAAGAAUCCAGGAGAUUACGCCGAGGAUAUUGACCCACCCUAUUCAUCGAGAUUGCCUACUAAUAACACACUGCAAUUUCAACCUUCUGUUGAACCUCCGCAGCACAGACACGCACCGCCUCGGCGUCCCCCUCCAGUGGAGUCGUCGUAUUCUUCUUCCCUGGACACUCUGUCUCAGUACACGCCUCAGGGAAGCUACUAUAACGAACGCGCUCAAGAUACAAAUGGUGCUUCAGCACAGAAUCCAUUUGAGCAAGUGGAGGAACACCCAACACAGAAUCAGACGGCAGCUCUUUUUGACUCAUUUGAUUACAACAACGUGAACUCGAAUUUGCAAGGUGAUGCAGCCCAGGUGCCAAUUAAUGAGCCUGAACCAAUGCAGGUUGAACCAGUGCAAGCCACUCACAGCAAUGAACCCGUGCAAAAACCUCACAAGUCCAAGCGCAGAAGGAGAAAGGUUGGUCUUGAUGACUUCCAAUUUCUUGCUGUUUUAGGAAAAGGUAAUUUUGGUAAGGUCAUGUUGGCUGAGUCAAGACACACGCUGAACUUGUGCGCCAUCAAGGUAUUGAAGAAGGACUUCAUUGUGGAAAAUGAGGAAGCUGAGAGCGUUAAGUCAGAGAAACAGGUUUUCUUGACUGCCAACAGGGAGAGACAUCCCUUCUUGCUUAACUUACAUUGCUGCUUCCAAACCGAGAACAGAAUUUACUUUGUCAUGGAGUAUGUCUCUGGUGGUGAUUUGAUGUGGCAUAUUCAAAAGUCGAGAUUCUCCGCCAAAAGAGCUAAAUUCUAUGCCUGUGAGGUCUUAUUGGCUUUAAAAUACUUCCAUGAUAACGGUAUCAUUUACCGUGACUUGAAGUUGGAUAACAUCUUGUUGACAACUCAAGGACAUAUCAAGAUUGGUGACUACGGUUUGUGUAAAGAAAACAUGUGGCAUAAGAACACGACAGGGACUUUCUGUGGUACACCGGAAUUCAUGGCUCCGGAAAUUAUUGCUGGCAAACAAUAUGACCGUUCCGUCGAUUGGUGGGCAUUCGGUGUGUUGAUGUUUCAAAUGUUGUUGUGUCAGAGUCCUUUCAAGGGUGAUGAUGAGGAUGACAUUUUCAAUGCUAUCGAGCACGAUGAUGUGAGAUACCCUAUCAGCAUGCCUCGUCAAACCGUUCUUGUCUUGCAAGCUUUGUUGACCAAGGAAUCCACGCAGAGACUCGGUAGCAGCGAAAGAGACGCCUUGGAGAUUAUGGAACACCCUUAUUUCCAGGAUGUGAACUUCGACGAUGUGCUCAACAUGAGAAUUCAGCCACCCUAUUUGCCUGAGAUCUCAAGCGAACACGACUACUCCAACUUCGACCAGGAGUUUACCUCCGAGACUCCAAGAUUGACUCCAGUGGAGACUGUCUUGACGUCUGAGAUGCAAGAACAAUUCCGUGGCUUCUCUCACAUUGCAGAUGAUGCUCCAGUGUAA